CUUUUACUCUUACAAGCUUAGCUCAAUUAAUAGUAUCUCAUAGAGAUCAUACACCACGACACGUACCAUUAGGUAAUUAAUGCAAGCUCCCGUCUGCGAUAAGACGAUAGCAUCAAUCAGUAUACUCUUGUUUUAAUCUUCCAUUGCGGAUACUCAUCCUUCAUUCGACAUCGUUAUUUGUUCGGCGAUCGCAAGCUACUACCACGUUAUCCUUGGGGAUUUGAUGAUCUGCCACCCCUCCCUCCAAUUCAGGCCUGUGUGACUAUUCACGUAGUUGCAGGCCCUCUUACGGGUCCAUGCCUUCGCCGGGAAGCUCGCCAUUCGACGGACAGUCCCCUUCAUCUGCGGCCCCGUCGAAACGUAAACCCGCUGGUGCUACUGGUGCCCAUUCUCGACAGCCAUCUGACGUCCGAUUAUCCGGCCACGAUCAAAAACGUCCUAAGUUGAAUAAUCUGAUCGACCAGAGUACCACGAGAAUGAGCAAAGCCUUCAGCAAACGACCCGAGAUCGUCGACUUGACGAGGCCCCCUACUGCAUUCCAACCACAUAAGGGCGCAAAGAAGCUUGUCAUCAAGAACCUUCGAACUACCUCUCGAGCCAACGACCUCGAGAAAUAUUACGAUGCCACAAAGAAAGAACUACUAGACGCCCUCCAGGCUAUAUUCGAGCAGAAGCAACCCCGUCAACCUCUCGAGAGACUUUAUCGUGGCGUCGAGGAUCUCUGCAGGCAUGGCUCAUCUAGGGAGCUUUAUGAAAUUUUGCGGGAACGAUGUGACAAUUACUUAAAGAAUAACCUUCAUAAGUCCAUAGUCGCCGAAGCUGGGCCAUCGGAUGUUGAUAUGCUGAGGAGUGUCCACAAACAUUGGGUUAUUUGGAAUACCCAGUCGAUUACGAUUCGCUCAGUGUUUAGUUAUCUCGACCGAUCGUUUCUUCUUGGUAACAAGGAACUUGCCCAGAUUAACGAUAUGGCGCUGUCACUGUUUAGGAGAACGGUUUUCGCUACGAGCUCUAACUCAGGUGAUAGGACCUUCGGUGGCAUGUGCGAUCUAGUGGACUACGAUCGAAAAGGAGAUCCCCGAUUUGACCCAGCUUUGUUACGUGACUCUAUUUCAAUGAUCAAGAUCCUGAGCAUAUACGGAAGGGCCGCCCGAUCGUUCGAACCAAUAUUCAUAGAAGAGUCUAACAGUUACUUCAUAGAAUUCGCCGAGGAACAGAGCAGCGCCUCCUUGAAGUCCUACAUUUCCAGUUGUGAGAAGUUACUUGCGCGGGAAGACUAUCGUUGCAACGCCUAUAAUUUUGAUAGCACUACUAAGAGACAAUUGAUGGAAAAUGCACAUCAAUUACUUAUCGAUAACUAUUCCGACAAGCUACUCGACAGUGACAGCAUCAGCAAGCUCCUAGAUGAGAAUGCUGUGGAAUCUAUGAAAGCCUUGUAUGACCUCUUACGACUAUCAGGCAUACAAAAGAGCUUAAAGCUACCGUGGGAAGAAUACAUCAUACAAGCGGGCUCGGCAAUUGUGAAAGACACAGCCAGGGGUGACGAGAUGGUGGUCAGAUUACUUGAAUUAAGGAGAUCAUUGGAUCUCAUGAUUCGAGAUGCCUUCAAAAAGGAUGACGAGUUUACGUAUAGCAUGCGGCAAGCAUUUUCAAGCUUCAUCAAUGACCGGAAGAUAUUGAUCGCAUGGAACUCGGGUACUUCCAAGGUUGGCGAGAUGAUUGCUCGAUAUAUCGACUUACUUCUCAGAGGAGGUCUAAAAACUCUGCCAAAGUCGCUGCUGUCCGAUGUCAAAGACCGUGUCGAUGCCGAGAAAAGUGGACAAACAAGUACCGGUGAUGAGGAUGCCGAGUUGGAUCGACAACUUGACCAAGCUCUCGAGUUAUUCCGCUUCAUAGAAGGGAAGGAUGUCUUUGAGGCAUUUUACAAGCAAGACCUAGCGCGACGUCUUCUCAUGGGUCGUAGUGCCAGCGCGGAUGCGGAGAGAAGCAUGUUGGCGAAGUUGAAGAACGAGUGUGGUUCUAACUUUACUCACAACCUAGAGCAAAUGUUUAAGGAUCAACAGAUCGCUCGUGAUGAGAUGGCUUCGUACAAAGCUUGGCGCGAGGGAAAUGGACAUGCAAGGAGUAACUUGGAUCUCAGCGUCAACAUCUUGUCUGCUGCAGCAUGGCCGUCAUAUCCAGAUACACAGCUCACACUCCCCAGCGAUGUUGCGAGUCAAAUCGAACUAUUCGAAGGGUACUAUAUCAACAAACACACUGGAAGACGCCUUACAUGGAAACAUUCCCUUGGCCACUGUGUAGUUAAGGCACGCUUCAAUAAAGGGUCGAAGGAGUUACUCGUCAGUGCUUUUCAAGCCGUCGUGUUGACUCUAUUCAACGAAAUUGAGGGUAAGCCAGACGGGUUCCUCACUUAUCAAAACAUCUCAGAGAACACGGGUUUGAGCGGAAAGGAUCUGAAUCGUACUCUACAAUCUCUCGCAUGCGGAAAAGUUCGUGUCCUCACGAAACAUCCGAAAGGGAAGGAUGUGAACCCAACCGACACUUUUACCGUCAACAAGGCAUUUACGGAUCCUAAAUAUCGCGUCAAGGUCAAUCAAAUUCAGCUUAAGGAAACCAAGGAAGAAAACCAGGAUACUCACGAGCGGGUUAAUCAAGACAGACAAUUCGAAUGCCAGGCCGCUAUCGUAAGAAUAAUGAAGAGCCGUAAGACAAUGACGCAUUCCAAUCUCGUCGCCGAAGUCAUCAACCAGACUAAGAGCAGAGGUGCUAUCGAGCCGGCCGAGAUCAAGAAAAACAUCGAGAAGUUAAUCGAAAAGGAUUACCUCGAACGUGAAGGAAGCUCAUACACGUACCUCGCAUAAGUUCUGUUACAGAUGGCGGCCUGGUCUGUUAGUCACUACAUGGAGUUAUGAGAAUUGAUAACGAAAGCCUAUAUAGAAAUCUAUUACGGCAGGCCCAGUUCAGUAUUAGCGAACUGGGUGUACAGCCUCCCCUAACUAAUCGAUUUAGUUAGCAUGCCGAAUGGUACUAAUGAAAUAACGAACGAUUCAAUCAA